UUAAGCGCCGAUUCUGCGAUAUCAGAGUUUAUAAAGUCAAAGUAUGAGAGCUUGCCGUUUGCUCACAAGAGUUUGCUUAGUCAUCAUUUGGCUAAGCUUGUGGAGAAAAAAGAGAUACUUUGUGAUUACAACAGCUACUGUUACACUCUUCCGGGAACUGAUGCUGAGAGGAUGCCGUUGAGAAUGAAUGAUCAGUGUGCGGCGGAUGAGGUUAUGAGCCUUCAAAAGGAGGAAGGGAAUAACGUUGAAACUUUGAAGUCUGGGAAUCAUGAGGUUGGUUUGGUAGAAGAACGGAGCUUGACUGAAAACAGAGCCAAACGUAAAGCAUGUGGUGGCAAUGACAUCAACUUCAUUGAAGUAAGUGACGCUGGAGGCAAAGCAUGUUUGAGUGUGACGACUGUUAAAAUUCGUAGUAAAGAGGGAGUGGCUAUAGAACUAGAAGUGGCUCUUGGAAAUGGUGGGAGUGAAGGUAGGAUUGAAGCAAACACUACAGGACAUGAGGUAGUUGUCGUAGAUGAGCAAAAUGAUGUGCUGAUGGAAGAGUCAUGUAAAGGAGAAGAAAACUUAAGGGAAAGAAACUCGAAACAAGGAGAACCAAAAGUGCACAGAACAUCUAACAUGGUGAAGGAAGCAUGCGAGGAAGUGAAGAGUGUAGCAUAUAAAAGACUUUGGGAAUGUCAAACCGAAGCAUUUAGCAAUAUCAUUGCUCUAGAGGAAAUGCUGAAGCAGUGCAGAGAGAAAGACCAGCAGAAGAAAGCUGUCUCAGAGAUUGAUGAUGUUUCGCGUUUGCCUCUGUCGAGGGAAAGCUGCGAAGAACUGAGGAAGCUUGCCCAAAAGAUAGAAAGCCAGCUCUCUGAGAUCAUCGGUUCCUAUGCUGAAGCCGUGGUUCCAUGUUAUGAAUCUCGAGGAUGUGAAACCGAAGGUAUAAGCAAAGAAGUCUUUCACGAGACUCCAAUGAAGACCUCCAAACAGCACGAACAGAAGGAAAGAGAGAUUGAUUCUCAAAUAAACCAACGGGCCAAGAAGAGGAGAGUCAGAAGACUUCAAGACAUAGGAGUACUGAGGAAAUCGCCUCGGUUACAAAAGCUAAUAUGAAUAUUCUGAAUCUUAAAAG